CAAUCAUGGCGUCACCUAACGACACUCCCAGAAUCGUUGAGCUGGCUACUCAGAUCAGCGCUUCUGUCAACGAAAUGCAGAAACGUCUGUCGGACCAGGGAGUGCCAUCUCCAACCUUUGGUGAAGAUAGUCCCCAGUCCUUUCCCGCCGACGUGUACAAUCUCCGUACUCAAAUUCUUGACGCGACUGCCGAGCUCAAUGAAGUGCUCACAGAGCCUCUGAUGUUGAUCUUCAAGUUUGCUGCAAUCUCCAACCUCGUCAGUAUCGAUACGGUCUGCCGGCUCGGCAUCCUGGAUAUGGUGCCUGCCGGUGGGAAGCUCUCCUUCGCGGAGGUCGCUGAAAAAACGGGCCUGUCCCACGCCGAGGUCAGGCGUGUGCUUAGACACGUGAUGGCCAUGCGUAUCCUCCAAGAGCCGGAGCCGGAAAUGGUGGCCCAUACCAAGGUCUCCAAGUUCAUGAGCCUCCCGCACAUCCAGGCUUGGGUCCAAUUCGAAGGCAAGGAUACAUGGCCAGCCUGCGCUAGGGUAGCGGACGCGUUGGAGAAAUGGCCAGCAUCCGACGAUUUCAAGGAAACCGGCUUUGCUCUUGCCAACGACGGUAAGUCGGUCUUUGAGGUUCUUCAUGCCGACCCUGAGCGAGCAAUGCGCUUCGGAAAUGGCAUGAAAUCCCUAGACCAUGUCCCAGGUUGCGGCGACAUGUUGGUAUCGAAGGCUUACGACUGGUCAUCUCUCGGAAACACGUACAUCGUGAAUGUCGGCGGGGCCAAGGGUAUAGUCGCCAUGGACCUCGCCAAGCACUUCGAGAAGACGAAAUUCCUGGUCCAAGACGGGCCGAUGAUGAUCAAGGGCGCAGAGGUUCCGGAGGAGCUCAAGGGACGCGUCGACUUUAUGGAACACGAGCUCUUCGCGCCACAAACGGUGCAGGCCGAUGUCUAUUUCUUCCGCAUGGCGUUCAGAAACUGGAACGAUAAGAACGCCGUCAAUAUCUUGAAAGCGCAGGUUCCUGCUUUGCGACCCGGGGCGAAGCUCCUUAUACAGGAUAAGUGCAUGACUCCGCCAAACACUGUUCCGAUUAGUGAAGAGCGGAUCCAGAGGGCAAUUGACAUGAGUCUGAAAACCUUUUUCAACACCCGCGAUCGAUAUCUGGACGACUGGAAAGCUCUGCUAGCAGCCGCAGAUGAAAGAUUCGUCCUUCAUAGGGUGGUUCAGAUCGAGGGAUCUCUACUGUCGAUGCUGGAGGUCCACUGGGAUGUGUCUUCCGCCAAGGCCUAAAGGAGUUGCCGUCAAACUUAGACAUGACAUCAAACUGAAGUGCCUCAGUCAAUUCAACCAGGGAUUAUCAUGCAGAUGCCAGAAGAGGCGUCAUCUUGGGUGUUGUGCCACAGACUGCGAGUUGCUUAGGAUGGGGCGUCCCGGGGUUGUUACUACAGUGCAUACGCUCUUGCCAGAAUACACUCCU